AUGUCUUAUGGAUCCAUUGAUGGGAGUGGAUUUGGGAGCAGGAAUCCAUUUGGAGGCCCUUCGAGACAAGGCUAUCAACCUCUUGCCACCCAGAUUGAUCCCAGUGAACUACAGGAACUUUUUCAGGAGACUUCAGCCAAUGUCUUCCGAAUUAACUCCAAUGUGACCUCUCUGGAAAGAAGCCUUCGAUCUCUGGGGACCUCAAAUGAUACUCAAGAGCUGCAGGAUGGACUGCAUGCAACCCAGCAGGAGACUAAUAAAACCAUCACGACUAGCACCAAAGCCAUCAAGCAGCUGUCUGAGGUUGUCAGAGGCUCAUCCAGGCAAGAGCGACUUCAGCUGGACAGACUGAAGAACCAGCUGUCUGAUGCCAUCCAGAGAUACGGAGCUGUGCAGAAGAAAAUAGCAGAGAAAUCCAAAGCUUUGCUUCCUACUGGGCAGAGAAGCAUUAAAAGCCCCAGGACCCCUUUCUCUGACCUCCCUGAUGAUGAGAAGAUCUUUAACGGGGGAGAUGGCAUGUGGCAGAACCAGAGCCAGGAUCAAGCCUUGCUCUCGGAAAUCACAGAAGAGGAUCUGGAGGUCAUCCGUCAGCGGGAAGAGGCCAUUCAGCAGAUUGAGAGUGACAUGUUGGAUGUGAACCAGAUCAUUAAAGACCUGGCCUCCAUGGUGCAUGAGCAAGGAGACGCAAUAGAUAGUAUUGAAGCCAACAUCGAGACUGCAUCUUCUAAUGUAGAAUCAGCCAAUGACCAGUUGGCAAAAGCCAGUCAACACCAACUACGAGCCAGGAAGAUGAAGUGCUGCCUUCUCUCUGUUGCGUUGGCCAUUCUGCUGUUCAUUGUCAUAAUCAUCACGGUCUCUGUCAAGCACUGA